AUGCCUUGCGGUGGGUAUAUCUGGUGGAUAUGUUAUGUUGUGUGCUGUGCUUGUUUUGACGAUUGGACGAUUUCAAUUUGGGAUUCCCUUGAGUUCGACCGUGGAUGUAUAGAUAAAUGCCAUACCAAAAUAUCUAGCGUUAAGUUACUUAUUCCACAGCUAUCCAAGUUGUCUUCCGAUAGCCUUCCUCUAAGCAAUGGCAGGAACUGGCAGAAUACUCACCGCCCGAGAUUAUCGCCAUGCUGGUCUGGACAAGUUGCGGGAUAUCAAAGGACAGAUCAACUCCAGCCAAUCUCUCACCCACAGAUUCGAUAUCGCUCUGGCAGGCCUCUCCAGGUCAUCGCUCCAUAUAUAGCGAUAUUUACUAUUGUCAAUUUCUCGCUUACGACUCGAUACCCCCUACACUUUCAAACAACAACCCAACCGAUCUUUAAACAAAGAAAAACGACCGCCAAAAUGGCCAGCAGCAUCGACCUCUUCAACCAAUACCCACUGGUCCUCGACCCCUCCUCAAAAGCCAUCUCUCUCUCCCCAAGCUCCAGCACCAGCUACACCGCAUCACAAACCGCCGCGCUCACAACCGAACUCACAUCGCUAAACGCCCUCCACCGCACCCUCAUCUCCCUCGACAACCCCUCCUCCAUCCCCCCACCACCCCUCCCCAUAAACCCAAAACGCAGCGCCCAAAUCACCAAACUCCGCGACACAGCCAACACGGCCUUCCGCAAGAACAACCACGCCGAAGCCGCGCGGCUGUACACGUUUGCGCUCGAGAUGGCGACUUCCAGGCCUGGUUGGGAACCCGUUACGCUGGCGAGGGAUGAACUCGCGGGGUUGUAUGCGAAUCGCGCGCAGGCGUAUCUGGCUCUGAGGGACUGGGUUAGUGGGCUUGUCGAUGCGAGGUGUAGUGUUGAGUGUAAGCCGACUGCGAAUGCGAAGGCUUGGUGGAGGGGUGGACGGUGUUUGGUUGAGAUGGGAAGGUGGGAGGAGGCGAAGGCUUUUGUCAGGAGGGGGCUUGAGAUUGAAGGGAAGGAGAGUGAGGGUGGGAAGGAGCUUGUUGCCCUGUUGGCGGAGGUAGAAGAGGGGAUCAAGAGGUCUUCUGCUUCAGCGUAG